UUGAGAAUGGUUUUUUGGGGAGUCCUCGAACUUGGCAGGAUUCGUGAUGUUGAGCGAAGCGUGCGCCGCGUCGAUAGCAGACGAGGUGAGACGAGACGAGAAGGGGCGAUGACAUGGCGAUGGAUUGUGGAAACGGACGCCCUUCAUUCCGGAAUGAACGAACGAGGAGUGACGUUGCGGCGACAGCAGGAGCGACACACUUGUGACUCCCAACAGGCCACGCAGUCCUGGUUGCCGCUGAUUUGCCAGCCAGUUCCCUCCCAACAACAUCCCAUUUCCCUUUUCUGCGUAUUCACCACUGUCUUCUUCCCGAAUCAUGAAAAUUUGAAUCCAAUUAAAGGUUCUCGUGUCUGUAGUUGCAGCAAUUUGGAUUCGCUUCGCUUCGGCAGAUUGCUGUAAGGAAGGAUUGAGUAUAGACAGUUUUGGAGCACAUGGUUGCUGAGAGCUUUAGGUGCGUUGGUCACAGCUUUUUUGUGAAAUCUCUUCCCUCAGCUGCUUUACGGACUGCUAAUUGUGGGAGGAGGAGAAGCUUUUCUGUGAGCUGUAGUAACGAGAAAGGCAACAAUAACAUGGGGAAGAGGAGCCUAAUGUGGUUUCGAAAAGGAUUGAGGUUACAUGAUAAUCCUGCUCUCCUGCGGUCUUGUGAAGGUGCAAGCCAUGUGUAUCCUGUUUUUGUUUUGGACCCAUGGUUUUUAGCCCCAGACCCGACGGCACCCUCACCUGGAUCGAAGCUUGUAGGUGUAAACCGUAUUCGUUUUCUGUUGCAGUCCUUAGAGGACUUGGACGAAAAUCUUCGCAAGCAUGGAUCUCGCUUGUUGGUUCUGCAUGGAAACCCCACCACUGUUAUUCCGGAGCUUCUCAUGAAGUGGCAGAUCAACGAAUUAUGUUUCGAGUUUGACACUGAACCCUAUGCCCAGGACCGUGAUGCCGACAUAAAGAAGCUGGCAACAAAAUAUGGUGUUGAGGUGUUCAGCCCUGUUAGCCACACUUUAUUCAACCCCAUUGAUACCAUACGGAAGAACGGCGGACAAACACCUUUGACAUAUCAAGCCUUUCUCAAAUUAACAGGGAAGCCACCAUUACCUGUGACUGCACCGCUACAGAUACCAAGCCCCCCAGAGGAUCUCAAUGAUGUGCACGUCGUACCAGUUCCAAAGCUUGAGGACUUGGGUUACGUGAAUUUGGAUGAGGAGUUCUCUCCACAUCCAGGGGGCGAGACUGAGGCACUUCGGAGGUUGGACAAAUCUUUAGUGAAUCAGAAAUGGGUGUGUGAUUUCGAGAAGCCAAAGGGUAACCCCACCGCCUUCAUCGAACCAGCUACCACUGUCCUCUCCCCAUACUUGAAGUUCGGUUGUCUAUCCUGCCGAUUGUUUCAUCAAAGGCUGCUAGCUGUGUAUUCUCAAAAUAAAAAACAUUCUUCACCUCCUGUUUCUCUUGAAGGACAGCUGUUAUGGCGAGAGUUCUUCUAUACAGCAGGUUAUGGCACUCCAAACUUCGAUCGAAUGCUUGGAAACCCCAUAUGUAAACAGAUCCCUUGGAAAGAUGACGACCGAUUAUUAGCAGCUUGGCGAGAUGGACAAACAGGAUACCCGUGGAUUGAUGCAGCUAUGGUUCAGUUACGGAAGUGGGGCUGGAUGCAUCACCUUGCAAGACAUGCUGUCGCAUGCUUCCUCACUCGGGGGGAUAUGUUCGUGUAUUGGGAGAAAGGUCGUGAUGUAUUUGACAGACUUCUUAUCGAUUCUGACUGGGCCAUCAACAACGGCAACUGGUUAUGGCUCUCUGCAUCUGCUUUUUUCCAUCAGUAUCACCGCAUCUACUCCCCAGUAACAUUCGGAAAGAAGUACGACCCUGAUGGCCUUUAUGUUAAACAUUUUCUUCCAGUUUUGAAAGAUAUGCCAAAAUAUUACAUAUAUGAGCCAUGGACGGCGCCGCUUGCGGUGCAGAAAAAAGCAAACUGUAUUAUAGGCGUUGAUUAUCCUCGUCCUAUGGCCGUUUUGAACAGUUGUAGACCACUCCAUUGCCAACAAGGAAUGCCGCGAGAAGAUGGGCAUUGCCUAUUCACAGAACCGUUCGCAAGCAGCACCGUCCGUAAGCAGUACGAUGCGCAAGAGAAGGCGUGGUGUUGAUUGAGUCGGACAGGUCCAUUGAACAUAUUGAACCAUGGUGCACUUGAAAUUUAGAUUACAGUGUUUGAAGAUAAUGAUGUCUCUUAGGGCAUGGUUCCUAAUAAUAUUGUAAAUAUCUCGGGCUGUGUUCGUUCGUGUGUGGGGGGCGAUCUAUAAGCUAUCUUCCUGAGGGGAGGACACUAAACUAAAGCAGCUGAGAUUUGAAUCUCCACAUGCUGCAGACUUGCUCUCUCGAUAAUGUCACUACGAAGACCGUGAUUAUAAACCUGGAGACAUUAUGUACCUGAGAAAUCACAAGUUUGAAGUAUAGAAGUAAACACCUCGGCCGCUCUUGCGUCCCAACCAUCCGGCAUCUACAUGCUGCACUAGAAGGGGGCACGGCCGAUAUUUUGAGUCACCAAGCCCCUCAUGAAGCAUACGCAUGAUGGAUAGACAUGUAUCCAAACCAAUGAGGUCGGCAAGAGCAAGUGGCCCCAUUGGCUGGUUUGUGCCCAGCUUCAUGCCGGUGUCAAUGUCGUUGGGAGAAGCAAUCCCCUCCAUUAAGCAGUAGAAAGCUUCGUUAAUCAUGGGCAUCAGCACACGGUUGACGAUGAAACCAGGGUAGUCCUUGGAGCAAGUCACAGUUUUCCCACACCUGGUAUCAAAUAUACCAUUUUCAGUCAAUUAGUGCCAGAAACAAAUUGUGUUAAAUCCUAUUUUUGCCACUGAAAUGCAAUACAGUCAAACAGCA